GGGGACUAGGAAAGAUGGCGGAGCUGCACCCCCGGACCGGCAAAUUGAUCUCCCUCAGCAACGGGAACCGAACCGCCGCCCGGAAACAGCCUGCCCAGGAGUUCAACCAGGGACUGGUAGUGAGUGCCCGGCCGCUGGGCCCGGGGGAGGUCUUCACCGUCCGACUGGAUCGGAAGAUGAAUUCCUGGAGUGGCUCCAUGGAGAUUGGGCUGACAACACAGGACCCCGCAUUUCUGGAUUUUCCCAGCAGCGCCACGGGUCUGAAAGGCGGCUCUUGGAUUGUAUCUGGAUGUUCCGUACUGGAGGAUGGGCGCUCGGUUCUGGAGGAAUAUGGUCAAGAUCUGGAUCAGUUGGGAGAAGGGGACCGCGUUGGGGUUCAGCGCUCCAUAUCGGGGGAGCUCCACCUGUGGGUUAAUGGCAGAGACUGUGGAGCAGCAUCUUGUGGAAUUCCACCGCGAGUUUGGGCUGUAGUGGAUCUCUAUGGAAAAUGCACUCAGAUCACUGUCUUGUCCUGCCAGCCUCCCCCUGAAGAGGAAGAAGAGGAGGAUGCUGAAGAGCAAGAAGGUUCCCUUGUCCCACUUGGGCAGUCGCGGCCGGACAAGUUCCCCAACAGUUUGGACACUGACAGUGGGUUCCCAAGCACAGAGCUGUCGGCGGUGGUCAGUAACGCCAUUCUCUCCGCAUAUCACGGAAGCCUCCUAAGUGUCAGCUUGGGCUCCCCUCCAGCUGCUAUCGAGCACUCUCCUCCCACUUGCAACGAUGCUUUGCUCUUCCACGAGAAGUGCGGGACGCUCAUCAAGCUCAGCAACGGCAACAAAACCGCAGAACGCAGGAGGCCGCUGGACGAGUUCAACAAUGGAGUGGUCAUGACCAACCGUCCUUUGCGAGACUGCGAGAUGUUCGAGAUCCGAAUUGAUAAGUUGGUUGAUAAAUGGUCGGGAUCCAUUGAAAUUGGAGUGACCACUCACAACCCCAACAGCCUGGAAUAUCCAGCCACCAUGACUAACUUGCGCUCAGGUACCAUCAUGAUGAGCGGCUGUGGGAUACUGACCAAUGGCAAGGGGACACGCAGAGAGUACUGUGAGUUCAGCCUGGAUGAGUUGCAGGAAGGAGAUCACAUAGGCCUGACCCGGAAAUCCAGUGGGGCGCUGCACUUCUAUAUUAAUGGCAUGGAUCAAGGUGUUGCCUCCUGCCAGACCCCACCCGUGGUCUAUGGGGUUGUUGAUCUUUACGGCAUGGCUGUGAAAGUAACCAUUGUGCACAACCACAAUCACGCUGACCGGCUGAGGCGGAACAACGCUAUUCUGCGAGCGCGGUCACCUGACACCGGGAGACACAGUUCAUCAACCCCAGAACCCGGGCAAUUGCUGUUCCACUCAAACUGUGGCCAAAAAGCUUCUAUCAUCAAUGGGGGCCGGACAGCACUCAGACCGCAUGCCACGGAUGAUUUUAACCACGGAGUGGUGCUCAGUAACCGCCCCCUGCAGAACAACGAGGUCUUCCAAGUGCGAAUAGACAAGAUGGUGGACAAGUGGGCAGGGUCCAUAGAAAUCGGUGUCACAACUCAUAACCCGGCUUACCUGCAGCUUCCAUCCACCAUGACCAAUCUGCGGUCAGGAACGUGGAUGAUGACUGGCAAUGGGGUCAUGCACAAUGGCACCACCAUCCUUGAUGAGUAUGGACACAACCUGGAUCGACUCAAGGCUGGUGAUACAGUAGGGGUUGUACGUCGGGAAGACGGGACAUUGAACUUUUUUGUUAAUGGUAUAGCCCAAGGCGUGGCUGCAUGGAAUGUGCCGCCCAAUGUAUUUGCUGUGGUGGAUCUGUACGGACAAGCAGCUCAAGCCACAAUAAUGGAUGAGUCUGACGCAUUGCCUCUACCAGGAGACGAGGAUGAAGGUCUCGCUCUGACCCCAGGGACGCCCUGUGCCUUGCUGUCUCUCUCGGAUCUGCGCUUCCAUCAUCUCCAUGGCGCCAACGCUUUGAUCACCAAUGGAGGCCGCACUGUUUUGCGCAAAAACUCCCGCAGUGAAUUCAAUGAUGCCAUUGUCAUGUCAAGCCGGCCCCUCAGAGAUGGGGAGAUGUUUGAGAUUGUUAUCCAGAAGAUGGUGGACCGUUGGUCUGGGUCUAUAGAAGCAGGGGUUACUGCCAUCCGGCCAGAGGAUCUCGAGUUUCCCAACACCAUGACCGAUAUUGACUAUGACACGUGGAUGCUCAGCGGUACGGCGAUCAUGCAGGACGGCAAUACGCUGAGGAAUAACUACGGCUGUGAUCUGGACUCGCUGGGGGCCGGAUCCCGCAUUGGAAUGAUGAAAACCAUACGAGGAGAUUUGCACUAUUUUAUCAAUGGGGAGGAUCAGGGUGUGGCCUGUACAGGCCUGCCAAUGGGAAGAGACAUUUACGCAGUGAUAGACCUGUAUGGCCAGUGCGUCCAGGUGUCGCUCACAGGGGGCAGCGGCCUGGUAGAUAACAGUCUGUCAGCGAGUCAUGUGACUGACAAGUCUCUCCCAAGCCAGUCCCCAGUCCCCAGUGUAUCCCACAGGUUCCACACGGUGUGCGGUAAGAACGUGUCGGUGCUGUGUGACGGGACCCGGGCGGAGCGCGGUGCAGGCUGCAGCCAUGGGAUCGUGUUCAGUAGCCGAGAGCUGCUCACUAACGAGACCUUCGAGAUUCGAGUGGAGAAGAUAGAGCCCCAUUGGUCGGGGUCCUGUAAUAUCGGGGUGACCUCCCUCAGCCCCCAUGAAGUUUCCUUGCUGGGCGGGGGGCUCCCAGAACGGGCCCUAGAGUUGCGCUCUAAGGUCACCUGGUUGGUUUGUGGGUCGGAAGUGACGCGGAAUGGGCAGCGGCUCCGGGAGAAUUACUGUAACAGCUUGGAGAGGGUCCGGGUUGGCAGCAGACUGGGGGUGCGCCGGGACAGUGACGAUACACUGCACAUUCUAAUGAAUGGAGAGGAUAUGGGCCCCGCAGCCUGUGGGAUCCCGAAGGCAGUGUACGCGGUGCUGGACAUACACGGCUGCAUCACCGCUCUCUCGACUGUCAGCUCUUCUCUCCUGGAGGAACCUGAUGCCACCAAACCCCCAUCAAUCACAUCUGAAAGUGAAGAGGAGGAAGAUCCAGCAGAUCAUGGCGACCCUCACACUGUCAUUCAGGCUCAUUCGCUGCAGUUUCUGGCCAAUCACGGGAAGAACAUCCUUCUGUCCCAUGGGAACCGAACUGCCACCCGCGUGUCCAGUUACAACCAAGGGAUUGUGGUUCUGCCCCAGCCGCUUCCGCGCCUCUUCCUCUUCCAGAUCCGCAUAGACCAGCUGUCUCCUCACUGGACCUCAUCUCUCUCCAUCGGAGUCAUCGCUGUCUCACCAGAGAGGCUGAAUUUCCCCGCCACGGCCGCGGCACUAAAGCGGAGCUCCUGGAUCUUCCAGAGGAGUGCGGUGCUCUGCAAUGGCGUCAAGAUCCGUGAAGGCUACGGGCCCAAUCUAGACCUCUGCCCCGAGGGCACGUGCCUGGGUCUGCUGCUGGACUCGUCUGGGGGGCUGCACCUCUAUGUUAAUGGACUGGAUCAGGGGGUAGGGGCCCAGGACCUGCCAGAAGUCUGCUACGUGCUGGUGGACCUCUAUGGACAAUGUGAGCAGGUAUCCAUAGUGACCGGAGAGGCACAGGGGGCAGAACUGGACGCUCACGAGGGGCAACUUCCAGGAGAGAGAGAGAAAGCAGACAUGGUUGAUGGUGUCAAGGAGAGUCUGUGCUGGGUCCCCCCGGACCCUGUUGCCCUUCUGAGCUGUGAAUAUCUUGCCCUUUGCACCAGGUUCAAAGAUCUUCUGCUCCUGCCCGAUGGUUAUUUCCUAGAGGACUCCAAGCUGUGUGUCUGUCACUGUGACUCGUGCCACAAACUGCGGGGGGAUGAGACGUACAGAAAGCGGGGGGACCCCCCCCGGGAAUAUGCCGAGCCCAUUGGAUGGUGCAGCUUUCCCCUCAGGCUCAGCCCCCGCUCAUCCUGCGCCCAAUACAAGAAGUGGCACAUUGCCUACCAGGGCAGCAGCGCUGGCACCAUCCGAAGAACCCUGGACAGGGGAGAUCUGCUGCCAGGCAGUGCCUGUAUCCUCACCUCUGUGCCAGCCAAGUCCGACCCGCAGAGCGGCUUCCCGGCCGCAGAGCCCAACGUCCUGCCCCCCCGAGACCUGCAGAGCGUCGUCCUGUCCCCAACCCUGCGAUACGCCGCCCUGCCCGAGAUGUGCCCCAAAGUCAUGUUCCGAGACCCCCGCUCUCAGCGCAUGUUUGGGGCCCAAGUUGCCCUACAAGUGUGCGUGCGCCCCGGUUCCUACAAGACGGGGCCCCCCUCAGCCUGUGCCAUUGAUCUGAUGGAUCCCAGAAUUCCCAGCUCGGAGAUGGAGUUUCUCACCAAGGAAAAGGGGGCGACGGUUCUAAGGGGGCUGUUGGUGCGGGUGGAAUGAGAAUGCAAAGAGCCCCCCCCUGCUGACUCUGCACACUGGGGGAGUGGGCGGAGCUUCUGUGCCACAGGGGUGGAGUUCUAUCACACCCCUCCACUCACUCCACUUUGUCUCCUCCCCCUUGCCAUUUGGGCCACACCUCCCCUCCUCCCAUUAAUUUAUUGAUUGGAUGAAGUAUUGUGGCGGGAUUGGUCGGACUGGAUCAUGUCGGGUCCCGCCCCUUUUAUUUAAGCUGCUCUCUCUUUAUUUGUACAUUGACUUUAUUUUUUUUGAUAAAUUCUUGUACAGAAAA